GACCAAUAAUUCGGCGUCGCUUCCUUCCACGUCACUGUGACGAGGGGUGUUGCGUGGGCUAUAGCUGUAGCAGCGUUAGCUGUGUAACGGUGAUGGUGAAGAGGGUGUUUGAGGAUUUCCGAAAUAUCGACGUAGAUCGACAUUCAUGAGAGGAUUUUAUUAACGCUCUGUGUUAUGUCUGUGAAGAGCCCAUCAGACCUGCUCAAUGAAAACGCUUACGUCCCACCUUCACUGACCCUUGACCUCUGUUUAUCACAUGAAAGAAAGCUGGGCCUGACAGAUACUCGUGGGUCAACGCCUUUUUCUCUAAAGAGUCAACUUAAUUACGGCAGCACCAACUCCAUCCAGCUUCUCAAAGGCGUUAUGGGAGGACUAGAUGAUGACGACGCAUCCCUCCGGCACCAGGAAGAUGAAUGGAGCAGAAAUCAGGAGAACGAACACGGUCUUCCAGGCUCCGAAAGCAACGCCAAGUGGAUGAAGGAAGAUCAGAAUCAAAUAUGCAAGUUAGCAGAGCAGCAGCAGCAAGACCAGAAUCUUAACCUGGUCGAAAACAAGAACGAAUCCACUGACAGAAACCCGAACCAGAACCCACAGCGGCGCCACGAAGAGAAGAACAAGACCCUGAAAGCGCUCUGCUCUGACCUGCGCAGUUGGGCGGCCGAUGAACCUCUUCUGAUUUACUCUUCUGACACUCUGAUGGAGAAGAAUCACGAAAGCCAAGAGCAGAUGAUAGACGAGGAAGCGGAGAGAGAGAAAGAGGAGAAUUUAAAUCCCAGUGGAGCCGAGAACGCGGAUUCAUCUGAAAUUCCGAAGAAAGGAGGUGAAGGUGGCGGCAGAAAUGCUUGCUUGCUUUUCAGUAAGAAUGCCGUUCCCAGCGACGAGGACUCCAGCUGCAUGUCGCUGUCACAGGGAAGCACUGCAAGCAGCACCCCGGACGGAGAGCCAGAGUCCUACUGGGAUGGCAGUGCAUUUGAAACCGACAAGGACCUGCCAGCUGGAUGGAUGCGAGUGCAGGACACGUCGGGCACCUACUACUGGCACAUUCCCACAGGGACCACGCAGUGGGAGCCACCUGGGCCCCUAGAGGAGAGACCGGCCAGCACGUCGCCUGCGCUCACACCUGCUGACGAGCCACAGAUUACAUGGAGCGGAGUUUCUCAUCCAAACGCAUUCGGUGAGGAAGAGCACUGGCAGAAAGAGGAUUUGGCUUCUGAUGAAAGUCUGAAGGAGUUUGAGGGCGCGACUCUACGCUACGCCUCCAUCAACCUCAGUUUUUCCCAGUCUGAGGAGGAAGAGGAACAGACUUAUUUCAGCAGUAACGAGGGGGCGAAGUGUUUCGCAGUGCGUUCUCUGGGCUGGGUGGAGAUAUCAGAAGAGGAAAUGGCUCCCGGCAGGAGUAGCGUUGCCGUUAAUAACUGUAUCCGACAGCUGUCCUACCAGAAACACAAUCUCGAUGACACAGCUGGCAUCUGGGGCGAGGGAAAGGAAAUGCUUCUGGUGCUGGAGAAUGAGACACUGAACCUGAUCGAGCCUCACGGCCGAACGCUGCUGCACUCUCAGCCGAUCAUCAGCAUUCGGGUGUGGGGAGUGGGACGCGACGAUGGCAGGGACUUUGCAUAUGUGGCACGAGACAAGUUGACUCAUAUGCUGAAGUGUCAUGUAUUUCGGUGCGACACCCCUGCAAAGAACAUUGCCACAAGCCUGCAUGACAUCUGCUCUAAGAUAAUGGCCCAGAGGAAGUCAUCCAGCAGACUGAACAGCGACCCCUCAAGACUUCGGGACAUCCCCUUCCAGGAGUUCCCAGCUCCCAAGAAUGAGCUGGUCCAGCGCUUCCAGGUGCGGUACUUGGGUCGUGUGCCGGUGACGAAGCCCGUCGGCAUGGACGUUAUUAACGUAGCGCUGGAGACGGCUCUUGUCAGCAAAGACAAGGAGGAGUGGACACCAGUGACCGUGAACGUGGCCUCCGCUACACUCACCAUUCUGACUUCUGAGACAGAGGAAGUACUUUCCGAAUGUCGUGUGCGUUUCCUCUCAUUCAUGGGAGUCGGGAAGGAUGUGCACACGUUUGCGUUCAUAAUGGCAGAGGGACCCGGAGACUUCAUCUGUCACAUGUUCUGGUGCGAUCCAAACGCAGCGAGUCUAAGUGAGGCCGUACAGGCCGCCUGUAUGCUGAGGUAUCAGAAGUGUUUGGACGCUCGGCCUCCCACCGGUAGCAGUAGCUCCUGUCUGCCCGGCCCGCCUGCCGAUUCCGUCGCCCGCAGGGUCGGCUCGAGCGUGAAGAAGGGCGUUCAGAGUCUGCUUGGCAGCUUCAAGAGAUCUGGAUCUCAGACACCCUAAAAAGGAAAACGCUUCCUCAGCAGUGCUCACUGCAAAUAUGUAUUUGUUCUGUGUGUGUGUUUAUGUGUUUUUAUGGGCAUAAAAUUAGAGGGUUGUUCACACCGCUUCAGCUGUCCUCCUGCGGUUAGCGUGCAAUAAGAACGAGAGGACGCGUUGGCAGAUAUUCACGUCGUUUUCAUUUGCUUUCUCUCCGUUUACAUUAGCAGAUGUACUGUAGAAGUGAUUUAGCACUACUGGGUAUGAGUGUGAUUUACCAAGAUUGGAUUUUCAAGUGUAAUCGAUGUUAUGUGGACUACACGCUCUAAUGACACUAAACAUUACGCAUGCUGUCAAAAAAAACACUAAAAUGAGCUUAUAUACUAUGCAAUGUGCUUUUUUUUAUUUGUUGUUCUUCUUCUGGCUUUGCAUUCAUUGUGACCAUACUGUGCUAGCUUUGAAUUGAUUACUCUUCCCCAAACCGUGACUGAAAUCGACAUCUGUGUGCUGUUUACCCUAAAAAGUUGUCAUCAUUCAUUCGCUCUCAUGUUCAAGACCUGCAUGCAUUUCAAAAGUCUGUUUUCGACUCCACUGACAUUAUAUGAAAAAAGGUGCAGUUCCACAUAUAUUACUGCAAGUCACAAAGCCUUUUAAUUUCUUCAGUUAUAUUUAUAUUACACAUUUUUGUACAGUUACCUGCUCUGUCAGUUUGUGAAUUUAAUUAGACCAUUCAUUUGUAAAAUAGCAUUAACAUAUCCUAGUCUUCCAAAGCGGAUCUGCUCAUUAAGAAAGCCUCGCUUUAAAUGAGCACUUUUUGUUUUUUUAUCUUUAUUUCUUCUCAGUUUUUGUGUGUGUGUGUGUUUGAUAUGUUAGAUGGCUUUAUCUGGAAAAAAAUAAAAAAGAUUUUUGAUCAUGAUCAGAAACACUUAAUCUUAACAUCAGAAUAGUGUGUUUAACAAAGAAUGUGACGUACGCUUGUUCUCUACGGGAUGGUCUGUGUUUGUUCCUGUCCGGUUUGUACAUAGUGGUUUGACACUGAAAUUCUUUUUUUUUUUUGGUCCCUCUUUUAAAUUGUAUAUUGAAGUCAACUGAUUAUCUGCACAUAUUUACACAUUGUUUAUUGGGGGAAAACAAAUUCUUUGGAAAUGUAUCUUAAAUGCUUUGCAACGAUGGAUGUCUUGCUGUAUAUAGACUUUUUUUUCCUUCUUUCAGAAACACAUUGUAACAUAUUGCCAUGUCUUAAACUUUUGAGAAUGUGUACGAAUUCAUAAAUAUCAUGUUUUUGAUUAUUCCAGUUAAUGUAUAUACUGAAUUUAAUACACUAAUAUGGCCAGACAGCUCAAUUUUUCCAGUAGUUUUUGUCACAUUUCCAUGUCAAAUUACACCUGUUGUUUUUGAAUGCACUUUUUCCCCCCGUCUCGUGUAUCUGAAUGCUUUAUCUUGGCCCUGUUUACUCAAAUACUCUGUGUGUAGGUCUAGAUGAAGUAAUGUGAUGCUUAAAAUGCAGUGCUGUUGGUAACUCUAGAAGAUCUUUAUUGAAGAACAAGCAUAUGAACAUGUAAAUAUUCUGAACUACAUCAAGAAACGGUAGCAAAGAAAAUGUCUUUUUUUCAGUUAAAUACCAUGAGGGUUCUUUAUGUUUGUGUGCCAAAAAGCACAGCUAUAAAUACGCGAGCUUGAAAUGUUACUUGCAUAUGCAUAAAUAUUCGCUGAUUGGUAAAAUGGUAGAAAAGCUUCAAGUACAUUUGCUUUUCAAAAUAAGACAAAAUUUUAGCUAUGAUAUUCAGAAAAUUUAAGGGUCACUCCUAUAAACAUGAUAGCUUGCGUAGGAUGUUUUUGCCAUCACAUUUUUUAAGGAGAGUGGAGAAGUGAUUUCUUAAAAUGUAAAUUGGAUGUUAUAUAGAUGCAUAUAACGUGACUGGAUGGAAUAAAAAAUUGAAAAUGCAUUUAAAGCUUA